GGCGGCGGCGGCGGCGGCUGAGGCUCGGCCGUCCUGCAGCCCUCGCCCUGCGGCCGUGGCGGCCCUGUCACCUGCCGGCCCGGGGCAAGGCCUCGCGGAAGCGGAAGAGGGGUGUGGACGCGGCCAGGGCGGCGGCGGCUGCGGCUGCAGAAGGAGGAGGACGACUGCGGAGAGCAGUUGCUGGCCGCGGUAGCUACGGAAAAGGCGGCCGAGCCGAGGCGGCCCAGGCCGAAGGGAGCGCGGCCCCGGGCGCCCCGGAUGAAGAUUCUGAAGCUGAAGAAGAUAAGUGACUUUGUCAGGGUCACACAGCUAGUGAGUGCGUGAGUGGGGUUCAAACACAUAUUGUGCUGACCUUAGUCCAGGACUUGAUCCACGACACCAAUCUGCCUCAGGCUUUCAUGGAGAACUGUUAUUGAAGAUGGAUCCAUUUGGUCAGAUGUAGUAGUAAAGAAUGAAGAAAGAAACAAUUCCUAAUUAGUGAGGCAAAAAUUACAAAUAAUUUCCACCUCAGCAAAUUUGCUAUUGAUCUGGUGGAGGACAACUGUUUCUUCUCAUACACACAAAUUAGAAGGAUUAUGCUGUGCUAUCUUCAGCUAACCAGGAUCAUCUUUCCUUGUUGACUAGUAGUGAUAAAAUUAUACAAUGGGUCUACGGAUUCACUUUGUUGUUGACCCGCAUGGUUGGUGCUGCAUGGGUUUGAUUGUCUUUGUCUGGUUAUACAAUAUUGUCAUAAUUCCCAAAAUUGUCCUCUUUCCUCACUAUGAAGAAGGACAUAUUCCAGGCAUAUUAAUAAUAUUCUUCUAUGGUAUUGCCAUGUUUUGUUUGGUGGCCUUAGUGAGAUCCUCAAUAACUGAUCCAGGAAGACUCCCUGAAAAUCCAAAGAUUCCACAUGGAGAAAGGGAAUUUUGGGAAUUAUGUAAUAAAUGUAAUUUGAUGAGACCAAAGCGUUCCCAUCACUGCAGCCGAUGUGGUCACUGUGUUAGGAGAAUGGAUCAUCAUUGUCCAUGGAUUAAUAAUUGUGUUGGUGAAGAUAAUCAUUGGCUUUUUCUGCAACUAUGUUUCUACACAGAGCUUCUUACUUGCUACGCAUUGAUGUUUUCUUUCUGCCACUAUUACUACUUUCUACCAUUAAAAAAGCGCAACUUGGAUCUCUUUUUAAUUAGACAUGAAUUGGCCAUAAUGAGACUAGCUGCUUUCAUGGGAAUAACUAUGUUAGUUGGAAUAACUGGACUCUUUUAUACACAACUAAUUGGCAUCAUCACUGAUACAACAUCUAUUGAAAAGAUGUCAAAUUGUUGUGAAGAAAUAUCGAGGCCCCGAAAGCCAUGGCAGCAGACCUUCUCAGAAGUUUUUGGCACUCGUUGGAAGAUCCUGUGGUUCAUUCCUUUCAGGCAGAGGCAACCACUGAGAGUUCCCUACCACUUUGCCAAUCACGUCUAAACAGAUGGAUGGUGGGCACAGAUGGGUCCUCCAUGCUGGAAAUGCGUUACAGGUUUUAUGAUAAUAGAACUAUGACAGUCUUCAAGUCAAUUAAAAUCCACCCACCAAUCUUAGGCAUCAUAAUGUGCCCCAGGCUUUAUUUUAAUAGUGAUCUUGAUCCUGUUGUGGGACUGAUACAAGAUCUAUAUUUAAGUUUUAAAGUGUGUUUACUGUCAAAUUAGCUUUCCGCAGGGAUUUCUUUAAACUCAUUUGUUGUUAAACUCAAAAGGUAAUGAUUGAGAUGAACUAAUUGUACACAGUUUCUUUUAGUAUAAACUAUUAGUAACUUUAUUUUGUGCAAAAUUACAGAUGUUUACUUAAAUUCUUCAUUUUCAAAUGGUAUGACCAGAUCUGAACUUCUUCAGGGUUAUUUUCUUUUUAAACAGACCUUCUAUGCAGAUUUUCUUUUCUAAUGUAAUUGUAAAUUUUUAAUGCCUCCUUUUUCUUUAUACUGCAUGAUAUUAACCAUACAGCAUAGCCCUGAAAGCAGGCAGUGUAUUUUAUAAGAAGCAAAUUUCUUCCUAAUGAUUUCCUCCAUGUUUUUCCUACUUCCUUCCCAAAAAAAGUGUUUUGAAGGAAAGACUUAAAAUUCUCAUCUUUUAAGCAUAACAUUUCAAGAAAAGAAAAAAAUAACCUGCACAUUUUUACUACUGAGGAAAAGAUGUUUAGGGCAAAGACUCAAAGGAAAUAUGUGAUUAAUAGGCAUAUUUUCCUGUUUUUCACUGAGAU